AUGGAAGAGACGAAUUGUAACAUGGCAAAUACCCGAUUUGAACGUCUAAUAAGAUAUUUGAGAAUUCGACUGGCGAUUAUUGUUUCAUCUACCACUUGGGAAAGUAGGAAGGUAAAGAAUGAUGCCACCAGUCACUCUAAGAUUAUCGUUAAUGCUUUCCAGGAUAGUCUAAUAUCCAAGAUGAUUAGUGAUGUGGGCUUUGACGACAUAGUAGAAGAAAAUUACCCAAUGAACUAUUUCAAAGAUUUAUUGGGCAUUUCGGGUAAGUUUGGAGAAGAAUUUCUUUCAAUUCUUUUGAAUCCUUUUUACAUAUUUUCACCUGUCUAUAUUACACUACUGGUUCUAUCAGCAGUCCUUCUUCUAGCUAUUUUUUAUAUUGACAAGCCGUUGUUAUAUUCUGCAGUGCAGUAUGCUUAUUUAUGCAAUUUCUCACUAGUUACUUGGAUUGCUUUUGCUAAUCUCAGUAUUUUUGAGAGUGUUUCUAUUUUCCCAUCUGCGAAACUCCCAAAGAACCUUGAGUAUUUCAUUGAGCUUUAUCCUUACGGUUGGAUGUUCUGUGAAAUAUUUGUGCUACUACUUUAUUGCUUUUACAUUAUCGGUUACAAGCUACAUGAAGAGGAAGGAGACCAAACUAGAAGAAGCUAUAUCAGGAGCAAAUAUGUAAGGCUUGGUGUUCUGACAUCACUUGUUGUAUCUGGAAUGUGCUAUUUUAUCAGCAAGAUUGCUGUGACAUGGGUGGGAAACCUCUUGCUUGGGUUCUAUGUUGUGAACGUUGUUAUACUAGUAAUAAUUUUCAUCCCAUUAGGAUGUAGGAUAAUGUUUGUGCUGAAUGAUGAUCCAUUAAAUUAG